GUUAACUUCAACUCCAGCCGCAGAUAUUUGCACAACGCCAACCGGAGACAGGACAAAUGUCACGUCCAUUUUAACUUUUUGCAAACAAUUUCAUCUUCCCAACUUUUCGUUAAUAUUUAUUCAAACCGAUUUUUUAAACUUUUUCACUUCUUUCUUCCAAAUAUUUUUUCUGUAACAUUUCCUCUUGACUCAAGAAAAUAUUUGUGUAAAAACGUUAUAAGCUCUUGUUACAAGAAACAUCAAAAACAGCUGAUUGUUGAGUUUUUUCAUUAGAUUUUUUUUCUUUGGUCUCCUUUGUGGACAUCAGUGGAAGUUUAGAGAUUGCUGGUAUGUUUCAAUAGGUGCUAUCUGAAGUAAGUUGAGUGUCCAGAGAUAUAUAACCACGAGGUUCGUUGAAAACAUCAGAAGAUCUGUCAAUGUAAUCGGAAGUUCGUCUGAGAUAGCCAAAACGUCUGGAGAGAUAACUUGAAAACCCACAGACAUCAAAGGAAAGUUCGGUACCAGAAUACCAGAAUUUUUCAUUGAAAUAACUAGGAAGUUCAGUGAGAUAUUACCAAAAGAUUCAAAAGAAGUUACUAGAAGAUUCAGCGAGGUAUUACACGAAAUUUUCAGUGAAAUAAUUAGUGUGUGUGAGUUCGAAAGUUCUGGAAAGUUUCAAUGAGAAGGUUCGGCGUGAUAACAAAGAAAUAGAACGUGAGAUAAGCAGGAAGUCGAAUCAGAUAAAUAGACAAUCCAGAGAACAGCUUCAAACAUGUUUAUCAGACAUCAUUGUCAAACCAGACUGCAAGUUAUACUAAUUCUCAGCAUCGUCUUUAGUUUCUGGCUGCAGCCGAGUGAAUCUCCACCACCACCACCCUACAACAAAGGAGAUCGUGGAGGGUCCUUCCUCUACACCAUUCCAGCGCGUUACAUUAAUGCAACGCUCGGUCCCGGAACUUACCGAUGGAUUGUGCGCUUGUAUGGUGAGGCCGCUGCCUACAAAAACAACAUCCGUCGGGCACCAUCUGACAGUCACGUGUGUGGUCCAGACGGUUGGUGUCGCCAUAUUUGUCGACCAACAGAGAGAAAAGAUUGGUUCUUAAAGGAUAUUUGUGGUGCGUUUGCAUGUUGCCGACCGACAUAGAUUUCAAAGAGAAUUUCAGACAAGACGAUGGAUAAACAUACACCGGAAUGGACCGCGAUGAAGCUGAACAGAAUAUUUCUAUUUCCUCAAUAAUUCUCUUUCACUCUUUCUCUCCCUAUCUCUCGCUUUCUCCGUUUCUCCUUCCUCUAAACAAUUUCAUUUCAACUCCUCUCAUGCUCUUUCUGCUUAUCUAUCUAUCUAUCUAUCUAUCUAUCUAUCUAUCUAUCUAUCUAUCUAUCUAUCUAUCUAUCUAUCUAUAUCUAUCUAUCUAUCUAUC